AGAAACGCGGGAUCCAGUUGAGAAGUUUGAAUAAGACAUGAGAAUGGCAGCAAUCACGUUGGAAAAGGAUCUUCUUCGCAAGGUAUCCCGGCUUGGACUUGAUAUCACCAAAACAUCGAGAAUUUCUGCAUUCAGUAACGAGGGGAUCGUUUCUGUCGUCAACUUCCUUCUGGGUCGGUACGACCCUUCCUGGUUCUGGGAGACCUGUAAUUAUUCGCUGGACGAGAACCGUCGCCAAUGCAUUCGUUUCCUGCGCCUUUUGGACAUUGCUCACCUGGUGAACGGCCCCUCAGAACUCACACCACGCAACAAACGGAUCCUGCGUUUGCUGUGUGCCCUCUUUGAGAAGCUGGAAAGGAAGCAUGGUAGCGCUCUGUAUCAGAAGCCGAGACAAGUUCUCAAACCACGGCCACGCCGGAGCACGGAAAAAUCGCAGGACAACGCUGGGGACAAGACACAGCGGGCUACACAGACAGGAAAGGAGAAUGAUGUCGAUGGCGGCGGAUCUAGCUUACGGACUGUCGGCCAGGGUAUGCGUACACCUGGCAGAAAGGAGCGUCAAGCUGACAGUCAGGUGAAUGUCGCUGUUCCUCGCAGUCCUCCACAAACUCCACAGACUCCACGCCGAACAGUGGCUGAGUCUACUGAGCAGCUUCCGACCGGUCCUAGUCGUAUCCAGCAGGCUACUAUUGGAAGCAGUGGUUCUAGUAGACCCGUCUCUGGCUUUGCAACUGCUGCUACGGCUAGUCCAGGGAGUGCUGCUCCUGCCGCGGAGCAAUCGGUUACACCGACCGUCUCAACAGCCAAUAUCGCCAUCGCCGCUAGUGCAGCUAGGUCGCCAAUGAUAUCUCAGCACAUACACUCGGCUACUGGUGAUGGCGGAAGAGUGACUGGUACCGCCGGUGCGGCUCCCGCGGCGGUUAUGCAUCCGUCUCCUGCCAUUCGCAUGGCAGUGCCACUCCUGCCAUCUACAGCACUGAUGAAAUCCCUCCAGGUGCAGAUUGAUGAACUGCAGAAAAAUAUUUCCAGAACUAGCCAACAGCAGGAAGAGCUGCGAACUCAACAGUCCCGACUCUCUGGUAACUUGCAGAAAAUGUGGGCUCACUACGAGUUUAACUUGAAACUAUUGCGAGAUCUUUCUUCCAGCAAUACUGGGCCAACUGCCAACAUUACACGACUCUCGUCUGGCCGUCCCCGCUUGUCGACUGGGUCACCGCCGCCUUCGGCACCCGUUCUGCCUUCCUCUGGUCAUAGCUCAGGGUCAGUGUCGCGACGCUGCAAUGAGUCUUUGUGCCACCGUGCUGUGUCAGUCGAGCGUCUUGAUAAUACGCCUCAGCGCCAGCAGGGUGAAGAGUCUAGCCAUGGCAAUGGUACACCACACCAAAUAGCAGCACUCACCUCUGGUACACCCGGUGUCGUUAACACGCCUUCUUCUUCUGAAGCAGUGCUUCUCGGCGCUCCACUCAAGCCACCUGAGUCUUCGUCGCAAGUGGGCAGUGGAGAUUGUUCCCCGGUUUGGGCUUCUGCCGUGUCUGCUCAGCCUGCCAGCGACCAGUCUCUGGGUUCCAGUGUUUCUGUGCGCCGACGACGUGCGGUCAAUAGCCCGAGAUCUGACGCAGCGCAUCUACCGGACACGGGGUUGCCUGUAGCCAUGCGACCGUUGCAUUCAGGCCGUGACCACGCAGGUGCCUUGUCCCAGUCCGAUCCGGGGGAAAGGGAAUCAGCGCUACCUGUGCAUUCUCAAGCUAACUGCGAAUACUUUGAGCGGCGUCUACAGCGAGUUCUCCGUCGCAGCGAACUCUUUCUGGAGAGAGACCGAUUGUUGCAAUCCCGAAUCGCCAAAUUGCAACUUCAGUAGGGACACCAUGAACAUUUGUUUCUGUAUUUCUACGAAGUUAUCAUUUUAUGUUGCCUGUUCCUUACAGCUGUUGCGACUUAUAAGUGUGCAACUGGUUCCUUUAGUGCCUUGCUGAAUGAUUGCAGUGGCUCCGAUCCACUCGACGGUGAUGUGCAUUCUAGCACACCUGUCCUUAUUGCUUUGAGUGCCGUACUGUGUGUACGUGUGGUUUCACUGCUGUCUCGGCAUCUGUUCAACCUUUUGUGUACAUGUACCGCUAGUAUUAUUGUCAUGAUGCUGACGACGAUGA